CUCAUUUUGAAUGGAGGGUGCGUGCGAGUUGCGUGGUUACGUGCCUUGAGAGCCAAGAGCUGCUCGGAGUCACAGAGCUGUCGUGAGCGACAGUAAACUGUACAGCUGUCCGCGGUGAACGUGUCGCUCGUCUUUCCCUUGGAGCUGAUCGAUUAUGUCGUUUAUUCUGAUGAAGAAAAAGAAGUUCAAAUUCAAAGUCGUGUUUGAGCUAGACGAUCUCUCCUCAGUUCCCUUCGUGAACGGAGUUUUAUUCUGUAAAGUUAGGCUGAUAGAUGGUGGCUUUUCAGCGGAGUCCUCUCGGGAGCUGGUCCAGGCUAACUGUGUGUACUGGAAGAAGAAGUUAUCAUUUGUGUGCAAGAUGAGUGCCAACGCUGGGACAGGUGUACUAGAUCCAUGUGUGUGUCGAGUGUCUGUGCGCAAGGAAAUGAAGGGAGGGAAGACUUUCGUAAAGCUGGGCUUUGCCGACUUGAACCUAUCCGAGUUUGCUGGAUCGGGCAGCACCACACGGCGCUCUCUACUGGAGGGCUACGACACCAAGAACACCCGACAGGACAACUCCAUUCUCAAGGUUGUUAUCACCACACAACUAAUGUCGGGAGACCCAUGCUUUAAAACGCCUGCAUCUACUGCCACGGUCCUAGGUUUCCCACACACUGAGUGCCUGGAGGAAGCCCGAAAGGGAGGGGACGUUCACUUGCCUCAGCAUAUGAGUGAAAGCACUUCAGUCCCAGAUGAACUCGUGCGCCUCACUCACUCCAGGAAUUCCAGCUAUACUAGCCAGCAUUCAAAGAUCUCAGGGUACAGCACCAACCACUCGCGCUCCUCCAGCCCAACAGAGCUGGGACACCGCCGCAACCCGUCUGGGGAGUCCGCCUCCACGGGCAUCGGCAGUAUCAUGGAGUCCGGCGAGCAGCCGGGGACGGAGCGGGCCGACAGGGACAGCAGGUCCUCUCCCUCCACCCCGCUCAGCCCCGGCCGUGCUGCCGAGAAACCCUCCACCCCGGCCAGGCCGCCGAGGCACCCCUUCAAACAGAACUCGAUGGAGAACCAGCUGAAGAGAGUGGAUGCCACCCGGGUGGACGCCGAUGACAUCAUCGAGAAGAUCCUCCAGAGCCAGGACUUCAGUCAGGGCUUCCUGGACUCCAGCGCAGAGGAGGAGGGGCUCAGGUUGUUUGUGGGUCCUGGGGGCAGCACAGCUUUGGGAAGCCAACACACACGGGCGGGAGCUGGGGCUUUCGAGCAGGUGGUGAUCAAGCGCUAGACUCUGUGCAUGUGUUUGUCAGACAAGGGGCUUAGCUGCAGAUGCUCAAGAUGGACUUAGCCAACUUUAGAUCCAACUCUAGCCUGACUUCAGAGUAAAAAAAACAACAACUUUCAUCAGGAUCUGGACAUGAGGAGCUCACUCGUGUUCAUGAAGUGAAAACAUGUCCGGGAGCCUGCGCAAACUGAGAUUAAAUGUUUUUUUGUUAUUGCACUUUUUAACUACUGUCUAUCCCUGUGCGGAAGAAAACAGUGACUAAUAUGAUCAAGCUAUACAGGGUUUGAAGACUAUUUUGUAAAUAGUUUGUUACUGUUAGAAAGCACAAAGACAUGGGGUAUAUGUACUGUUGGGUACUAUUUGAUAUGGUAAAUGGUUUUGCUAUACAAGAAACUUUGUUUCUUCAUUUACUGUUUGUAACUGACAUGGGGUUGAAAAGUUGCUGGUUUCAUUUUUCAUAAGAACCUUAUACUGACAAAGAUGUUAAAAGUUCCUCAACGUUGGUGAACAUGCGCCUACGUUGAUAUUGGUCUCUUGUCUGACCAAGACAGAGGAAGUAGAACCGAGAUUUAGCAAGCGUGUAAGUACUUCCUUAAGCAAAGCGGUGGAGAAUCGUCAUUGAGUGCUCUCACUGCAUAGUCUACUUGUUCACUAAAUAAAAUGCUUAUUUGCAGUAUCUCUUGAGAGGUGAGGACCCAUUGAAGGGAAGGCUGGCCUUCCUACUGUGGCAUUCAAGCCUCCAUCUUUUCAGCUAGAAUGGUUAGAGUAUCCAUUGUGCAUGUUUAGCUGUCAGUUUAAAUAUUUUACCUCUUCUCCAAAAUUCUGAAAUUAUAGCUAAUUUAUACAAAAAUCAUAUGAGUAAGGAUAGCCAUUAAAAAGAAUUAUGACUACCCAAUUUCAGAAAGAGACUUGCAUAUAUUUAUGCAAUUAAUUUGUCCUGUGUAAGAAUCGAACAAAGAACAUGCUCUACUUUUGCCUUGCCACAAUAACAGGCAAGAUGUGUUUGGUCAUUAUCCACGGAUGGCAGCGCCGUCCACAAUUUGGUGGACAAAUCCACUUCUGUUCUAAAUAUUCUAAUGGUAUCAAACGCACACUUUGUCUUUUUUCCAGUGCAGGAAUGUACUCAGGUCAGUGUAUAACGGUCCCUACCACUUUCUGAAAAUAAUUGUAUGCUAUGUUUACCUUGUAUUUCAGUAUAAUCCAUAGGAUGUUAGUAUUGGCCCUUAAAUUCUAUUUUUUAAAUGACUUAUUUAUUUUCAAGGUAGUGGUUCUGGUACUCUUUUUUUUUUCUUUUUUUUUUGUCUAAAAUGCAUUUGAAUUUUAUUGAUAUAUUAUUGAUGUUAAUCUCAGUUGGCAAAGAAUGAAAAUCCAGGUAAUAAAAAUGCUUUUUAUAUGU